AGAACACGUUUUGAGAACUUGGGACCCCAGUUAACAGGGAAGUCAGGUGAAGAUGGGAAGCUGGGCCCAGGCGUCAUCGAUCUUACUCGGCCCGAAGAUGCAGAGGGAAGCAAAGCAGUGAAUGGCUCUGCAGCUAAACUACAGCAGUAUUAUUGUUGGCCAACAGGAGGCGCCACUGUGGCUGAAGCACGCGUCUACAGGGAUGCCCGCGGCCGUGCCAGCAGCGAGCCUCACAUCAAGCGACCAAUGAAUGCGUUCAUGGUUUGGGCGAAGGACGAAAGGAGGAAAAUUCUUCAGGCUUUCCCUGACAUGCAUAACUCCAACAUUAGCAAAAUCUUAGGAUCUCGCUGGAAAUCCAUGUCCAACCAGGAGAAGCAACCUUACUAUGAAGAACAGGCCCGGCUAAGCAAAAUCCACCUAGAGAAGUACCCAAAUUACAAGUACAAACCCCGGCCGAAGCGCACGUGCAUCGUGGAUGGCAAGAAGC